UCGUCUUCUCGCACCACCACAGCACAGCCAAGAUGCGCACACGUACGCACACGGGUACGAUACCCGCGAUCACGAUCUGGAUGUUGGUUGGUUGGUAAAAGUACCGUUCGUCGUGUCCCCGGGAGUGAGAGCGCUCUCGAGUGAGUGUGAGCAAACGAGAUGGGUCUGCGGGGCUUUUAGGCAAACCGAAGGCGGGCUUGCUAACCGUUUUGGGGCCCGCUGGUCAAUCAGUUUGAGGUGUCUUUUGGUGUGUGACAGACCGAUCGACCAAGUGUUGUGCAGAAUGUCCCGCAGCCUGGUGGUAACGUUGGUUCUCGUUGGAGUGAGUCUCUUAGUGUUCGCUCCUGGUGGCACCCUUGGCGCUGGUGACUUCGGAUUACCCUACACGGUCCCUGGAUUCGAUGCGAGCUUCCGCACUAACAUUGGCGCAGGCGUGGUGGCCAUCGUAAAGGCCAACGCGACGCUCAGCAAGUACGAUGUGACGCUGGAUCGCAGCGGUGUCACUCUGGUGUUGUACGGAAUGGCGAACAAUCUGACCACACCGCUCAAUCGACUGCUGGGCCACGUGGCAGCUAGCUUCGGCGCAAACAGUACCACGAUCGUACGUUCCCUGUUCGACGACAUCCAAACACUGAAAGAACCAACGGUAGCCGCUCUCGAUGUAGCAAAGAAAGCGGUUCUCUCGCUAAAUGGUACACUCGGAGCGAGUGCGAUCGAGAGUAUAGCCGCAAACGUGACCACCAUUGCCACCGAAGUGGCCACACUGCUCACGAAUCUACCGGUGCUCGGGGAAGCCGUAAGCAAAGCGGGACAACCCAAUUCUGCCUACACUACAGCCAACAUUACAACGCUGAUCACCUCCGAUCUGGCACAAUCACUGAUCGCACCGAUCGGUCUGAUCAAUGCCGGUCUCAACGACAUAGCGACCGUGUUUGUGGCGAUCGGUAAGGAACGCACCACCGCCAUAGGCUACGAGUUGGCCACAAACACUAGCGUUCAGUCGACGCAGCAGGAUCUCGCGAACCAUUUUACCGUUUUCGGACGUUCCGUAGUCGAUACGGUGCGCCAAAUGGAGCAGCAGAGUAACGAUACGACACGCCAGGUUCGCGAAGAGUACAACCGGCUACAGAAUCGGCUCACCGUGCCAACGGAGUACGAGGGAGCGUUGAAGAACUUCACCGAUACCAUCACGGCACAGGGAUUGGAGCACAAUCGGCUCAUCAAGAAGCAACUGAACGAGCUUUCAAGCAACUAUACGACCACGCUGCAGACGGUAGCGGAUGCACUCGCGAAGGAGCUAGGGAACGCUACUGCCCAGUUUGUUGACGCGGCCGCACUGGCAGGCCCCAGUGCAAUUUCCGAGCGCUGUCUGCAGCGUUCGGUGGCCGAGUUUCGGAAGGGCGAGUAUGCGUUCUCGAGGCUCUCGAGCUGCAGUCAGGCCGACGGACGUACCCUAAAUUCCCUGACGACGGUCAGUCGAUCAUACUUUGAGCUGCUACGCUAUAGUGCCAUAUACACGAACCAGGCCCCGACCAUCUGUGCCCAGGGUUCCACAAACUGUACCACGGUGUAUCUGGGUGCACUGGAGGAUCUAAAGACACAGAAUGGCAUCCGGUUGGACAGCUUCGAGACGUUGUUGCGCAUCGAACUGGCCGCACUAAGCCAACGCUAUGACAUUUGUGCCCGAGCGAUCCGUGCCGAUAUCGACUAUCAGAUCAAGACGACGCAGGACAAGUUCGCCAAAUGUCUCGUUACGGGCAAAUAA